AUGCCUCGCCGUCCUACGCGUGGUAUGCAUGGUAAAAAUAUGCAAAACCGCUUAAAUAAUCGUGAAUAUGAUUUAUCUAAUCUUGGCCAUGGUUAUGAUUUUUCAGACAAUGAUCCGUACGUGCAUGUUGCUCUUUUAAAUAAAAAAUCAUAUAGGGUAGAGUUCCCUAGUAAAACUCGCACUGACGAUUGUAAUGUAUUAACUGCCAUGUGGGAUCUGGGCCAAUGUGAUCCUAAGAAGUGUUCUGGUCGAAAACUUGUUCGUCUUGGAUUAACGAAAUUAUUGCGUGGAGGAGAAACAUUUUCUGGAAUCGUCCUCUCACCUACUGCCACACAGUCUCUAGAUCCUAAGCGAGAUUUUGAUGUUAUAAAAAAUGCUGGAGUUGCGGUAAUUGACUGUUCUUGGGCUCAAAUAGAGCAUACAAAUUUUUCUAAGUUAAGAUACAAACACGGCCGAUUGCUUCCAUAUUUGGUUGCCUCCAAUCCAAUCAACUAUGGGCGUCCAAUGCAACUCUCCUGUGCAGAGGCACUCGCUGCAACCCUUUACAUAUUGGGCUUCAGCGAUCAAGCUACCGCCUUGAUGGAAAAGUUUUCAUGGGGCCACAGCUUUUUUGUGCUCAACCAGACACUUCUUGAUAAGUAUAUACUGUGCAAGGAUGCAGAAUCUCUUUUGGCAUGUCAAAACACGUAUCUCCUUAGU